AUGUUUCGUUCGUGGCAAAGAUUCGUCAAUUUCCAGCUCACUAUAAAUAUCUUUCAAAAACAGGGAAUCGACAUAAGGCCUGAUAGAAUGAAGGCAUAUCUGCGAGUAACGCCUUAUCGCGGCGCAUCAUUAUGUCAACUAACACACCUCCGAGAAUUACAUUGCUCACCUCUCUAUCUGAAGAAGAAACGCAAAGCAAAAGUAGUAGGAUUUGAUGAUGAUGAUGUUGGUGACAGUACUGGCGAUCCAGCUAAAGCGUAUAGUUGUGAUUUUGUCAUACAGCAUGGAGUGAAGGAAAUGAAAAGCUUGGAGGAUAUCUUCGUACAGGAACUUACUAAAAGUCUUUCACUGAAGGCUGAUUUGCGAACCUAUGAAGAUUUCGUGGUGAAAACAGAGGACGGAAAGCAGUACAAGUUAAAUACGCUUGGACGAAUCAAACUAGUGAACCCACUAUUGAUUUCCGUGGAUUUCACUGAUAAUCCAGCAGUGAUAAAGUCAGCGCGUCUCGCUAUUGAGCAAUCAAAACUUAAUGUGACUCCACGUCAGGAAGGUGCUGUAUUAUACAUCUCGUUACCGCGGAUAACACGUGAACGACGUGAAAAUGUGGCAAAUGUUGCAUCCAAGAAAUUGCUUAAUGAAUAUAAAAAAGCCUUAAAUGAAGUUUAUUCAAAAUAUGAUCGGGAGUUGGAGGAUCACGAGGAAUUUCAGAAAAUUAUGCAAGGACUGUUGAAGGAAAAGAAGGCUUUGGAGAAGAAAGCAAUAAUGAUGAUUGAAGAAAGGCGUAACAAACUUCUCACUGAAGUUGUUUGA